GACAGCGGUCGUCGUUUUGCUUACGGUGAUUAUAAGCAGCAAUGUUUUAUCAAUAAAAGAAUAUAAUUUAUAAAUAAAUAUUUUUUAUAUGUGCUCUUAAAAAUAUAAAAAUAAAUGCUGGAAAAAUAAACAAUGACAGAAAAAAGCUCUAAAAUCAACUUAAAAUUAAUUUUUAAAAUUUUAAUUUUAAAUAUAGUUUAUAAGCUAAAGGGUAAAGGGUAAAUGAUGGAAGCGCCUUUGCAGGCUUCUGGCUCCACAACACUAAUCAGUACGAGUAUAUUCCUGCAUUGAUGUGGAUGAUGACCAAACACUUACCGUCGCCAUUAGACGCUUCUGCAUUUUCGCUACGGUUAUCUCCUUCUCAUGCUCCCUACUGCUGCUGCCUGCUGCCUGCUGCAAUAUAUUAAAAAAAAUAUAUUGCCAAAGGUCCCAGCAUCUCAGGGUGGCACCGUUGAUGUCAGAUGUUUGGGGAGCUUCUGAAGUGGCUUCUCCCAGAAUUUAUAGUUUAGAUUAUCAUUCAGAUCUUGAGAAUCUAUAAUUAUAAAAUCUAAAAAUUUAAUUAAAAACGAGAAACUGAAUACCUAGUUUUUCAUAUUCUCACGAGCUAGUGAGACCAGCUGCAUCUCCAAAUCUUUCCUCCCUAAACAUGGCCAUAGUGUUACACCCAAUGGGGAUUUCUCAUUUGGGUACUGUUUAGGUUCCAACUUUUUUUCUUUAAACUUUCAACUUUUUCGUCACAUCGAACUUUCCUACACAAGUAAACUUUCAACUUUUCUGUCACAUCAUUUUAAUUUCUUUAAACUUUUAAUUUUAGCGUGGAGAGAAAAGGAUUGCUACUACUAUUGCCUGAUGGCCACCCGGUCCUUGUUGACUUCUUGUCAACGAUGUGGGCACGUGGCCAUGGAAAGUGAUAAGUGAAGCAACAAAGAAAUGGUAGGGCGGCAAAGUAAUAGCCACUAGCAAGUACCUAACUCGUUGUUCUUCGUAAACGAAGAUUGAUCGGAUUUGAGGUCCCGCUUGAAUCAGUUGAUGGCUGAUUCUGAGUUUACAACAAUUAUUUAAAUACAUAUACGAAUGAAUUAAAUGUUAUGAAGUUCAAAAAAUUGUUAUAAAAAAGCUUUCUAAGAAAUACCGAUGAAGAAAGUUUAGAAACUUAGGAAGUGUACCACCAAAUAAUCCACAAUCAAUAAGCCGAAAAGAACAAGACCUAACGACUGAUACUAUUUUGGCUGCAAAGGCAUCCUUUGGAAUUGAGGAAUUUCACGUGAAUUUUGAUGAAAUAAACUAUGAAAAUCCUGUGAAAUUCAUGUGUAUGCCCUAACAUUUGCUAUGCUCGACGAAACAAAGGGUUGGCUUAAUUUUAGGUCCCUUUCCCUAAGCUAGUACAUCAAGUAUAUCAUAUGUAGCAACUAGCCAGAAAAAAAAAGGGAGGAACUAUACAGCAAACACGAGCCCAAUCAAGUUGUAACACGAGCCCCGUCAAAGUUGUCGUGAAGCUGACCGAAUUUGCUCGCGAGCCUUUUAUUUUUGACCCAACUGGAAACUAGAUAUAUAAUGGACUACAGCACAUUGGUUCCCAUUUGCGUUAGAUGAUCAUAGGCAAUUGCUUUCUAUGUUGUCAUAGCCAUGAGAGGCGUCUACAUUUUCACCACAAUAUUCUUCCUUCUCAUGCCAACAAUUGCUCUUGCAAAUCAUAGAAAACCCUUCCUUGCUAGACGUUCAUCCAUUUCAACCCAAGCCUUCAUUGCUAGACGUUCAUCCAUUUCAACCCAGGAUGACACCACCACCAUCCUAGUGUCCCCCAAUGGCGACUUCUCCUGCGGAUUCUACAGGGUGGCCACCAACGCAUUCACCUUCUCCAUCUGGUUCUCCAGGUCGUCGGAGAAGACGGUCGCUUGGACGGCGAACCGCGAUGCUCCGGUGAACGGAAAGGGUUCCAGGCUCACCUUCCAGAAGGACGGCACCUUGGCCCUUCUUGACUACAAUGGCAAAGUUGUAUGGAGCACCAACACAACAGCCACUCGAGCCGACCGAGCAGAGCUUCUCAACAAUGGAAACCUUGUUGUCAUGGAUCCUGAAGGCCAGCAUCUAUGGAGGAGCUUCGACUCGCCAACAGAUACACUUCUGCCGUUGCAGCCAAUAACUAGGAAUGUAAAGCUGGUAUAUGCAUCUGCCAGGGGGCUGCUAUAUUCAGGCUUCUACAACUUUCUCUUCGACAGUAACAAUAUUUUGACUCUCGUCUACAACGGCCCAGACACUGCCAGCAUAUAUUGGCCAAAUCCUUCCUUUGACCAGCCAUGGAAGAAUGGAAGGACAACUUAUGACAGUCUUCGAUAUGGUGUUCUAAAUCAGACAGGUUAUUUUGUAUCAAGUGACCUUUUUAAGUUUGAAGCCUCUGAUCUUGGCGAUCAUGUCAUGAGGAGGUUGACACUGGAUUACGAUGGAAAUCUUAGGCUGUACAGCCUAAACGAGACCAGUGGCAACUGGUCAGUUUCUUGGAUGGCAUUCUCUAGAGUAUGUCAAAUGCAUGGAGUGUGUGGCACAAACGCUGUCUGCAAUUACAUCCCGGAACUCCAUUGUUCUUGCCUCCAAGGCUUCGAGGUGAUUGAUCCGACUGACUGGAGCAAAGGAUGCAAGCGCAAGGUGGACAUAACAGCAAUCUGGGAUAAAGGGAAUAGACAUAAUAUUACAAACAACUCUACCAGCCAGGACUUCUCAAUCAGAAAGAUCACUGCAACUGACUUCUGGGGGUAUGACACCGCCUACACACAGUUAAUACCAUACUCAAACUGUAGAAAUAUGUGCCUCACCGCCAAUAACUGUCAAGCCUUCGGCUACCGGAAGGGAACUGGUGAAUCUUAUCCAAAGUACUCUCUUUUCAAUGGCUGGCGCUUCCCAGAUCCUUACAAUGACCUCUAUCUGAAAGUUCCCAAGGGGGUGCCGUUUCGCGAAGAAUCAGAUUCUAGACCAACCCAUUCUUGUGGAGUUACAGAAAAGUUAGCCUACCCUUCAUCACAAAUGUUUGAGGAAGUCACUUCCAAUUUCGAGUUUGGUUACUUCCUUUCUUCUGUGUUAACGUUGCUUUUGAUUGAAGUGGUUUUAAUCAUUGUUGGGUUUUCAGUUGUUAGAAAAUGGGAGACAAGGCCUGAGAUUACCGAUGAAGGUUACGCAAUCAUUUCUAGUCAGUUCCGAAGAUUCAGCUACAAGGAGUUACAAAAGGCAACCAAUUGUUUUCAGGAAGAGCUGGGAAGUGGUGGAUCGGGUGUGGUUUACAAGGGAGUCCUCGAUGAUGAAAGGAAGGUUGCAGUGAAAAUUUUAAAUGAUGUGAUCUAUGGAGAGCAGGAGUUAAGGUCUGAGCUAAGUGUCAUAGGAAGAAUAUAUCAUAUGAAUCUGGUUAGAAUUUGGGGGUUUUGUGUGGAGAAGACAAAGAGGCUCUUGGUUUCUGAGUACAGUGAGAACGGUUCUUUAGACAGACUUCUGUUUGACUACCACAACUUAUUUCCUGUCCUAAAAUGGAGCCAAAGGUACAAUAUUGCACUUGGAGUGGCAAAAGGACUGGCAUAUCUUCACCAUGAGUGUCUUGAAUGGAUCGUGCACUGCGAUAUCAAACCGGAAAACAUAUUGUUAGAUAAAGACUUUGAGCCAAAGAUUGCAGAUUUUGGACUGGUGAAACUACUUAAGCCAGAAGCAGCACAAAUGCCGUCAAGAGUGCAUGGAACUAGAGGGUAUAUUGCACCAGAAUGGGCUCUAAAUCUUCCAAUCACUGGCAAGGCUGAUGUUUACAGCUAUGGAGUAGUACUUCUUGAGUUAGUGAAGGGGAGUCGGGUUUCCAGAUGGGUGGUUGAUGGCAAGGAGGAGGUAGGUCUGGCUGUUAAACGCAAUGUUGACACUCUUAGAGAGAAACUAGCUAGCGAAGAUCAAUCAUGGCUGCUGGAAUUUGUUGACAGCAGGCUGGAUGGAGAAUUCAACUAUUCACAGGCGGCCACAGUACUAAAGAUAGCAGUGUUAUGUCUGGAAGAAGAUAGGCGCAUGAGACCAAGCAUGGAUACUGUGGUUGAAGUCCUGCUUUCGCUUGUGGAAUAAUGUCCACUACUGUGAUUGCUGCAUUUCUAUCUAUUGUGAGAAAAUGAUAAGGUAUGUUGUUGCAGAGAGAAGUUAAUGAGCGCCUGUCUUACAUGGAGUAGUUCUGUGGUAGUAUUCGCAUUCCCUCAAAAGAGUAUUAAAGUAUAGUAUCCAGUAUUCAUUCAUAAUAAACCGUUAUAGUGGUAUA